AUGCUGUAUUUUCUGAAGAAUAGUGAUUUGAUGUCACUGUAUGAGCCAGAUUACUCACCGUUUGGUGGGUAUCCAGCUACUGCGUUCCCUUUGUUCUUGCAUGAGAAAGAACCAGAUGACUUUUUACACAACCCCGAUAAAAGUGAUGCUGAUUACGAUAAGCACAGAUUCUGGCACGAUUUGCGUCACAUGGACCGACGUCUGUUUGGGGGGCUUAUCGGCUUGUUUUUCUUUCUUGGGUGUGCCGUGGUUGCGUUUGCCGUAUUCCCUAUAUUGACAUUCAUGCAGAGUUCCGUGCUUCAUAAAGAGGUGGUUGAAGUUUUGACUCCAUACAGUUAUCCAAUGCUAAGUGCAAUAAGACAGGAGUUGGUUGAUCCAGAUACACCCAAAGAGUUUAGAACGAAUGUAGCUCGAGAUGGAAGUAAAUGGAAGCUUGUGUUCAGUGACGAGUUUAACAAGGAAGGAAGAACAUUUUACGAAGGAGACGACCAGUUCUUUACAGCUCCUGAUAUUCAUUAUGCUGCAACGAAUGAUUUGGAAUGGUAUGAUCCUGACGCAGUUACCACAGCCAACGGUACAUUGCAACUUCGAAUGGAUGCCUUUAAUAAUCACGAUUUGUUUUAUAGAUCAGGUAUGGUGCAAAGUUGGAACAAAAUGUGCUUUACCCAGGGGAAAUUGGAAUUCUCUGCCAAAUUGCCUGGUUCAGGAAGCGUCUCAGGUUUAUGGCCCGGGAUGUGGAGUUUAGGAAAUUUAGGAAGACCGGGAUUCUUAGCUACUACAGAGGGGGUAUGGCCAUAUACAUACAGUUCGUGUGAUGCAGGGAUAACACCUAACCAAUCAUCACUGGAUGGGAUUAGUUAUCUUCCUGGACAACGGUUGAAUUCAUGUACGUGUCCCGGUGAAUCCCAUCCCAAUCCAGGUGUAGGGAGGGGCUCACCAGAAGUUGAUGCACUCGAAGGAGAAAUCCAUGGCAAUGUGGGUCGAGUAAGUCAGUCAUUACAAGUUGCCCCCUAUGAUAUAUGGUACAUGCCUGAUUAUGACUUUAUUGAAAUACAUAAUUCCUCAGUUACGUUGAUGAAUACGUAUGCUGGUGGCCCUUUCCAAGAGGCGAUUUCCGGGGUGACUAUGCUUAAUACUACAUGGUAUGAAUAUGGUCAAGGAGAAGGGAAUUAUCAAAAAUAUGGAUAUGAAUUAAUGAACCAUGAUACCAAUGGGUAUAUUACCUGGUAUGUAGGUGAUGACCCUACAUACACACUUUAUGCCAAGGCAUUACAUCCUAAUGGAAAUAUCGGAUGGCGACACAUACCAAAGGAACCUCUAAGUAUUGUCAUGAACUUGGGUAUUUCCAAUAAUUGGGCUUACAUUAAUUGGCCCGCUUUAACUUUCCCGCUGACAAUGCGGAUAGACUACGUGCGGGUAUACCAGCCAGAAGAUCAGGUCAAUAUUGGGUGUGAUCCACCGGGGUAUCCUACAUUUGAUUACAUUGAACAACAUUUGAAUAUAUAUUCCGAUGCCAAUAUCACAAAGUUUGAGAAAGGAGGCUACAAAAUCCCUAAGAAUAAGUUGACAGGAUGUUGA